AUGUCAUCCGCCUCGCAUCCCGAGCCCGAGCCCGAGCCCGAGCCGGAAUACGAUGUGGUAGGUAUCACGAAAGUCAUACGCCCGCCCGUGGACCUCUCCUCACUGCCGCCGACGUACCUUCUCACGGGCCACCUAAAGCCGCCCGAAUACCAAAAGCUCAAAGAGAAGCUGCGGCAAUGUCGGUGUCCGCUCCGGGAGUUCGUGCGGGACGCGGCGGUGUUCAUUGCCGACGUGGGCACUAAGCGGCGGUGCGAGCUGGAGCUGCGGAAGCAAGGCUUGUUCGUGGUGACGCCGGAGAUGGAGGUGGGCGGGAAGGUCGACGUCAACAGGGUUAGACCGUUUAGGGUCGUGAAACGGGCGUGGUUUGAGGCGUCGCUCAAGAUGGGGACGCCACAGAAGUUGGAGGCGUUCACGCUGCUGGAGGGCGAGGUCGUCGCUAUGUCGAGGUGGGAGAGGGAUCAGGCGGAGACGACCAGUGGGCCGCCGGAGGACGCAGAGCUGGAGAAGAAACGGAAGGGCGUCAUGGAGCGCGCGCUGGCAGAUGCGGCGGAUGUGCCGGCUCGUAAGAGGGCCCGGUUUGGUCGGCAGAAGCAGGCGGGCAUCGAUGCGAUCUUGAGCGUGACUAAGGGAACGCCUCUGCUCCGGCGGUCUACAUCGUCGUUUGAAGGGAAGUACCCUUCGCGUGAUCUCCCAGAGUGGAUAAUCAAAAAGAACACUUACUCGUGCUGCCGUUCCACUCCACAGGAAUCUCCCAACGAUCUGUUCAUCGAGCAGCUAAAGGUCAUCAAGAAAUCUCGAGUCAUAACUCUUGACUCCACCGGCGUGCGAGCAUAUUCCACCGCCAUCGCUGCGAUCAAGGCGUAUCCGUACCCUCUGUCCUCUGGCACAGAAGUCCAGGAGAUCCCCGGCUGUGAUGGCAAGAUAGCAGCUCUAUUCCAGGAGUGGAGGGACUCUCACGAUAAACCCGAGAAACGCACCCUCCGAGCAGUCACCGAGCUCGAGAAGUCCCAAUCCUACCAGGUACUCAGCCAAUUCGCAGGUAUAUGGGGCGUGGGAGCGGAGACGGCAUCGAAGUUUUUCUAUGAGCACGGGUAUAGGAAACUCGGCGACAUCAUAACGUACCACUGGUCGAACCUCUCUCGCGUCCAGCAGAUUGGCGUGAAACACUACGACGAGUUCCUCGCGCCUAUCAACCGUCGUGAAGUCGAGAAGAUUGCUGAACACAUCAAGUUGCACGCAGCCAAGGUCCUGCCCGGUGUACAGAGCAAGAUCGUAGGAGGGUAUCGUCGCGGUGCGAAGGAGUGUCACGAUGUAGACGUACUCCUCUCCCACCGGCGUGCUAUUCCUCCGGACUUCCUAGUGACGCUCCUCCAAUCACUCGAAGAGGCCGAGCUGGUGACACUUACCCUCUCCGUUUCGAGUGCCAAACUGCGGCACGAAGACCCACACCGCCCAUCAAAGGGCCACUUCGACAAUCUCGACAAGGCCCUCGUCGUCUGGCGUAACCACAAGGGUGGCCUGCACCGCCGAGUUGACAUCAUCAUAGCUCCGGCGAUCUGUGCUGGCACUGCGCUGCUGGGCUGGUCCGGGGGAACAACGUUCCAGCGGGACCUUCGCCUGUUCUGUGAGAAAGAAAAAGGUUGGAAGUUUUCGAGCGAUGGCGUGUGGAGGGGGAAUCAGCGGGUGCCCGGGACGGAGGGGUGGAGUGAGAAUGAGACGUGGGAGGAUGUGGAAAGGCGAGUGAUGGAGACUGUCGGCGUUUGUUGGAGGCUGCCGAAUGAGAGAUGUACGGGCUGA